AAAAAAAAAAAAAAAAAAAAAGAAAUUGAAAUAAAUGGAACAAGUUUGCAUGAACUAUAGGAGGUAUUCGUGUUUCUGACACUAUCAUCAUGUCAGCCGAUAAUUUUCCAGGCGACUAUACCAAUCGAUACUCGAGCCCAUUUCCUGCACUUCCCAAUCGCUCGAAUGCAAGGCGUAACGACCCUGUAGAUACUGCGGCGGAACGGCUUCGUCAAGUGCAUAUCAACGAGUCGCAUGGACGAUCGCAGCACAAGAAGAGUCGAGGAGUGUCCAUUAAUCAUUUGAUCAACUUUUCAUUCCCGGAACGACCCUCAGUGGAAGAAGACAUCAGUUAUCGAAAACCAACCGCAACAGCUACCACAUCCUACCAACCAUAUCAACGAGAACGAUUUAUAAAUGCAAAUUUCCGUUUUUUACUAAAGGCCUCGACGGAGUAUGCAGUGCAUGCUAUUGAUCCUGAUGCUCAUUUCGACUGGGAUAAUGUACAACAAGUGCUGGUGUCGUCGUCGAAAACACCGACCUGCCCAAUUUGCCUGUCUCCACCUGAAGCGGCUCGCGUGGCGAAAUGUGGCCACAUCUUUUGUUUGCCAUGCAUUCUACGGUUUUUGGAUUUGGCCGAAGCGCAUCCAGGCUCACAGUCUCGGUAUCGAGAGUGUCCUAUAUGUUGGGACUUUAUUUUUGAAGCUGAUUUGAAAAGCGUGCGUAUCAUUCACAGUCGGGCCGUGGAUCCUAACAACGUCGAGUUUUGUCUUAUGCAACGGUCCCAUGCUUCGGCCAUGGCGUUUCCGAUCUCGGAUUAUUGGCCUGUGCCUGACAAGGUGCUUCACACCCAUCUUCCUUUGGCCGCGGCACCGACGCCUUGGGAUUUUACCGAAAAUGCUUUGCCUUUUGCUCGAUUUAUGCUCGCUAGCCCAGACUACAUGUUGCAGGAACGACAACGCGAUGUACGGGAACUCACCGCUUCAUUAGAGGAAGCAGCUAUUGCUGGUGGUGACGACGAAACAACACAAUGGAUUGAGAAAUGCAUCGAUCAAUUGAACACCAUCAUUGAUAUCGAACAGCAGUCAUCGUGUCCCCAAAUCAAGCAAGCCAUGGCCGAAGCAAGAAAAAUUGGUGAAUCCACCGCAGCAGCAGCAGCAGCAGCGCGUCAACGUAGUGACGACAUUUGUACCUCGGACUAUUACUUUUAUCAAGCAGCUGAUGGACAGCAUAUAUACCUUCAUCCUCUAUACAUUCGCAUUUUAAAGCAUGAGUUUGGGAACUAUCACGCAUUUCCACGACGCCUUCAGGUGCCCAUCACUCACACCGAUGAUGUGACCAUGACAGAGGAAGUGCGUCGAAAGUUAAGGUAUCUUGGACAUUUGCCCCUCGCGUGCGAUAUCACAGUGGUGGAUCUGGAUCUGACAGAUGUCGUAUCCCCUCAGACCUUGAGUGUGUUUGAACACGAAUUGCAGUCGAGACGUGAAAAGGUACAGCCAACAGAAGAUACGGGUGGAAAUUCACCUGCAUCGCCAGAGGAACAUGCAAACGAUGAUGAGGCGCAGCAAGCAGAGGAUGUACCGCCCUCGUCAGGCGCCACGUCAAUAAUGGAUUUAGGUAUGGAAAUGCCCCCGGAAGAUGACGAAGAAGCCAUGUUAGAAUAUGUGCUUCGCUUAUCAGCCGCGGAACAUGCAGCGCAGCCCAAUGGAUCGCCGGCAGCCAGUUCAAAUGUGCAUGUGGAGGUGACACGAUCGGAUUCAAUUCCUCAAGAAAGCGAUCACGAUGAAUACGAUGAAUUAUACGAAGAUGACGAGUACUGGAUGGAUGAAGGCGAUGCCCCAUUGGUACUCAAUGAGCGUAAAUAUCCACAGGUUGCUGGAUCCACGUCGUAUCGCCAAGCAACAAGGGGACAUCGCCGGUUACGCUAAGGGCACAAAAUCAAAGGGGGAUAUCAACAAAAAGUAAAAAGGAAAACCAAUAUAAUCAUCCAUGCAUGUAUAUACUUGCUUUGUGCAUUUUUUUAUUGAUAUAAAUGUAUUCUGUUACCAUAUGAAUGGAUGGC